GGCAAACGAGGCGCGGAGUGGUCGAGAAAAACGACGUUCUUGUCGAGGAAAAGCAACUACCGAGUCAGGUUGAUCCUCAACACCAGGAACAAGAAAGCAAGGUAGACGAAAGCGACAACACCUUUACCUACACAGCGUUCUCUUCUUCAACAGCACAACGACAUCCGGAAAGUACUAGAACCACAAAAAGCCAAAACAACAACAAGCAGAUUCAAUAUCUGAAGACCCUUGCAGGAAAAAACGUCGCCUUCGGCACUGGCGCGAUCGGGUUGUCCCUCCAGCCGGACGAGCGGUUUAAACUGGUCAGACAUUUGGAGCACACAAGACGAGUCUUACGGAACGUGUUCCGGGCGGACAAUUACCUUGUGGUUGGGAAAAUCUACGAGCACAUAUUGAAAACUGGUGUAGUCGUUGGGGAUGCGAAAUCUAUGAAAUUCUCCUCCAAUCGGUGCAUUAAUUUGAUUCCGUUCCGAACCAUUUUCCGUGGGCUAGUGGAAAGAUGCGACGCCCGGGGGGUACACGCGGUGCCGUUUGCGGACUGGUUUUUGGAGAAAAAGAUCGGAAAGGACUUGGAAUUGGACUUGAUCAUGACAGAGAAAUCAAAUCAGGACAAAAUAAAAAUCGCGAAGAUAACGAAAGAUUUGAACGCGAAAGAACGAGGUUUGUAUGAAAACAACCAGGAUGAACUGCAACACGGCGCAGUCUACCUCCCGCCGAUGCCGGAAGAAGAGGUGGAAGGGGAGUUGCGGAAAUAUUUGGAAGAUUUGGAAUCCUCACCCUUUUUACCGGAAGAAGAAGUUGUUCUACCUAGUGGCACAACUUCUCCUGGGCAACAUCAACAACAGCCAAGAACGACGCAAAAAAUCAACAUUGCCACGAACAUCGACCGUGUUGCGGUGAUCAAACAGGGAGCAGGUGGAAAUUCAGGCGGGUCUGCUCACCCGAAGGAUUUUUUCUCAACUUUACCACUACCCGUCGUGAACGAAUUCGCGAGGUUGAAGCAGUUCCAAACCGUCGAACAGUCGUUUUUAAAAUUCGCCUUCCCGCUUUAUUUGGUUGAGGAAUCGCAGACGAGUGGGAGGUGUUUAAGAGAAGGCUCUUGCUCCAUUCUGACCGCGCCUGAUCCGGCUAAUGGCGGGAGUUUCUCCAUUGCGCACCCGAUGUUUUUGCACCGGGACGAAGUUGUAGGGGGAGGUGACGAAAUACUAACCAGUGCUGAGCAGCAGCAUCCCCAUCCGAGGAACAUCAAGGGCAGCACGAAAAUAAACACUUCUAUAAAACGAGAUGUUGACUUCAUCGGCAUUGCGACCGAGAAUGCCUGGAUGCAACUGUUAGACGGGAAAUCUCCGUUCGAAAGACAAUACCUUUUGAAGCAAGCGCAGGGCAUCGUCGGGCCGGAAACGGAUGCGGUGCUGCUGUUGCACAUGAGUAGGUACUUGAAAAAGGCAAGGAAGGUUCUUGUGGAGGUAACUACAACAAGCGGAAAUAAAGACCAUGAUGCUGGUAAUGUGCAGAUCGAGGACGCCGAAAGCGACCAAAAACUCCAGCUGCCUCUUUCGUUCGCGCAACACGUCCUGAAGCACGACCAUUUCUUUGUCCACAUUGAAAGGGACUUGUACACGCCGGCGAGGUUGGCGUCGGACUUGAUCAUGGCCAUGGAUAUCACGAAAGAGAUU